AUGGUAAUCACAAACAGUAUAAGUCCGUCUUUAAAAUAUGGACUUCAAUUCCUUGUCAUGUGGCCGGACAUGGCAUACGCCACAGUUAAACGGUUCCUUUACCUAACGAUCUUUCUGAUUAUGCAGUAUUUUCAAUAUCACUAUGUUUUUACGCACUUCAAGAUCGACGAGAUACAGAAUUUCGUAGACAGUUUACCAUCAACUUUAGCUUACAGUUUGACGAUCGUGAAGAUGAUAAUGAUUUGGAAAAAUUGUCGCGUGAUUCGCGAAAUACUGGCUGCUAUAGACACUGAUUGGUGCGAAUGCGUAAACGUCAAUCGGUAUUUACAAGCGAUGACGUCGAAAGCCAGCAUUUCGCAUUUUUGCUCGAAUGCUAUGCUAGGCUUCAACACGAUCGCUGCUGUAAUUUACAUCCUGGGCGAUUACGCGCUUAGUAUCGUGCAUAACGACAAGAGUGACAAUGAUACUACACGGCCGUUUCCCAUCAAGCUAACUUUUCCUUUUGAGGCCGAGCAAUCACCGAUCUAUGAGCUGUUGGUUGUCGCAUCUAUUCAUAAUGCAUCUGUCGUCGGAGUAUUGAGAGGGAUAGUAAUAUACAUCCCCAUAAUGCUGGAAAUAUUCAUCCUUUGCUUCGCUGGAGAAUAUCUUAGUUUAAAGGUUAAUAUAUUAGAAUUAGAAAUAUAA